UUCAGAAGUCAACAUUUCAGGCCAUUUGCUGGGAUAACAAUCAGAAAUAAAUAUGCCACCGAAGGCAAUUGGAAAAGGGAAGCAGGUUGCUCCUAAAGGUAAAGCAAGAGGGAAGGUCCCAGGAAAGGAUGGAGAUGACAUGACAGACAUGGGUGAUGGCACAGACCAAGAUGACUGGAUACAUUCCAAAGCCCUAGUCAAGCCAGAAGAUCAACUGGACCUUUCAGAGCAGCAAUUGAAAGAGGAGUUCACAAGAAUUCUUACAGCCAACAAUCCGCAUGCACCUCAAAACAUUGUGCGCUACAGCUUCAAGGAACGUCAGUACAAACAAAUUUCCAGUGUGGACCAGUUGGCCAUUCACUUCGCAUUGGAUGGAAACAUGCUUCACAAGGACUCAGAUGAGGCAAAGAGACAGAUGGCUAAACUUGGAAUGCCUGAUGCAGUCCAGAGUGAGCAUGCUGGAAGUGAAGGUGGGGAAGGGGCUGGAGCCGGUGCAGCUGACGGGGAAGAUGCUAAGGAAGAGGGAAAGGAUGAAGGGCGUGAUGAUGCUGCCACCCCUGCUCCAGCUGCUGCAUCUGGAGGAGGCAAAAAACUUACAAACCAGUUCAACUACAGUGAGAGAGCUUCCCAGACCUACAACAACCCCUACCGGGAGCGAGGCACUGCCACUGAACCUCCCCCAAGAGCCACAUUCUCUGGUAGCGUCACUCAGUGGGAAAUCUUCGAUGCUUACAAUGAGGAUUUUGAGAAACAGGAGAAAAAUAAAGAGAAGAAGGUGAUACCAGGAAGACAGGCUGAGGAGAAAACGAGAAAGAAACUCACCAUCACAGAAACCCAGAGUGAUGAUGUGACCAGAAUUCAAAAUGCAGCACAGAUUGUAGAGAGGAUGGUGAACCAGAAUACAUAUGAUGAUAUCGCUCAAGAUUUUAAAUACUGGGAUGAUCCAUCAGAUGAGUACCGUGAAAAUGAAGGCACACUCUUGCCACUCUGGAGAUUCACCUUUGAAAAGGCCAAGAAAUUGGCUGUCACUUCACUGUGUUGGAAUCCCAAGUACAAGGACCUUUAUGCAGUAUCUUUUGGCUCUUAUGACUUCAUGAAGCAAGGAAAUGGUAUGAUUUUGUUUUACUCCCUGAAGAACCCAUCCUUCCCUGAGUUUAUCUAUGAGACAGACAGCGGCCUGAUGUGUUUAGAUGUUCACCCAGAACACCCAUACCUAGUGGUGGUGGGUUACUAUGAUGGAAGUGUUGGCGUAUUCAAUAUUGAAUGCAAAGAACCAGUGCACAGAUGUACAGCAAAGAAUGGCAAGCAUACAGACCCAGUCUGGCAGGUUCGCUGGCAGAAGGAUGAUUUGGAAAACAAUCACAAUUUCUACUCUAUAUCCUCUGAUGGCAGAAUUGUUCAGUGGACCAUUAUCAAGAAUGAAUUGAUCUACCAGGAUGUGAUCCAGCUGACCUUACCUGAGGCACCAGCAGAAGGUCCUGAUGGUACGAAGGUCAGCACUGUUGGCUGUGGAACCGCAUUUGACUUCCACAAGAAGAAUGACUACAUGUUCCUGGUAGGUACCGAAGAGGGGAAAAUCCACACCUGCUCUAAAGCCUACAGUAGCCAGUUCCUGGAUACCAACCUAGCCCAUAACAUGGCUGUGUACCAGGUACGCUGGAACCCAUGGCAUCCGGACAUCUACAUCACAUGUAGUGCUGAUUGGACUGUGAAAAUCUGGGAAGUUAGCAACAAGACCACCGUAGAUACUAACUCGGAAAACGUUGAGAACGUCUCUUCCAGGAAAGCUUUGUUUACAUUUGACUUGAACAACUCUGUGGGCGAUGUGGCUUGGGCUCCAUAUUCCUCCACAGUGUUUGCUGCUGUGACAGCUGAUGGAAAGGUGUUUGUUUAUGAUCUGAACGUGAACAAGUAUGAGCCCCUAUGUGAACAGAUGGUGGCUGUGAAAAAGAAGACCAAGCUCACUCAUAUAGAGUUCAACCCUGUCUAUCCUAUUAUAAUUGUUGGUGAUGAUAGGGGUAAUGUUACAAGUUUGAAACUGUCUCCUAAUCUCAAGAAAAUGCCAAAGGAGAAAAAGGGCCAGCCUGCUAUGGACCCAGCCCAGAGAGAACAAUUGGAGAUCGCUAAGCUCGACAAACUGCUGAACAUGGUACGUGAACCAACAGAGGGAUCGAAACCACCCCCAGCAACUGAGAAGAAAUAGAUCUCAAUGGAAACGCAUAGGAAUUAACUCUAGAGACCAACGUGGAAAUUAACACUCUGUGUGUAACAAAACCAAUAUUGAAAACCAUGGCCAUCACCUGCAAGGAAUGGACACAGACUGUGUAAAAAAAACUAGGUGUAUACAAAGCAGGUUGGUAGGUUAUUUAUAGGAACAUGCAUGUAACAAAAUUAAGGUCAUGGAAAAGUGCUUUGGAUUGGUUUAAUUCAUCGGAUAUUUUGUGAUUUGCCGAGGAAGAAUACAACCUUCAUGUGAACAUCUUUUUGCAAAGCCAAAUGAUAUGAGUUUUUCAAACUUAAUACAGAAUGACACUAUGACUCACAUGUGACAUUCUUUCUCUUUUGAUGUAAUAUUACGCUAUUUUUAAUGAAAUGUGGACUUAGAUUGUAUUUGUUAUGUUAUUUUGCGAGUACAUUGGUGCUUGCCUUUACCGUAAACUUAAUUUAAGAUAUUUGUUUCA